UUAUAUUGGCUGUACUGACAUUCUCGACAUUUCAUGUCAGUGUAUAUAUCAGAUAAUUUAGUGAAACUUAACUUACAUUGAAGUUCUACUAUGUGUUGUUUAUAAGUAAAACAUUAAUGUAUUUUGUAUUUAAAUAAGUGAAAGAACAUAUAUAAAAGUCAGAAAUGGAUUUUCAAAAUCGUCCAGGAGGCAAAACUGGCGGCGGAGGUGUCGCGUCCUGGUCAGAAAGUAACCGAGAUAGAAGAGAACGUUUACGACAACUUGCGUUAGAGACUAUUGACCUCAACAAGGAUCCAUAUUUUAUGAAAAAUCAUUUAGGUUCUUAUGAAUGUAAAUUAUGUUUAACUCUUCACAAUAAUGAGGGCAGUUAUUUGGCCCAUACACAAGGUAAAAAGCAUCAAGCGAACCUAGCUAGAAGAGCUGCUAAAGAAGCAAAGGAAGCUCCUCAAACACUUGCUCCUGAAAAACCUCGAGUAGAACCAAAAAAAUUUGUAAAGAUUGGAAGACCAGGUUAUAGAGUAACUAAACAAAGAGAUCCAGAAUCAGGACAACAAAGUUUAUUAUUCCAAGUUGACUAUCCAGAAGUUGCAGAUAAUGUUAUUCCAAGGCAUAGGUUUAUGUCAGCAUAUGAACAGAGAGUUGAACCACCAGAUCGUAAAUGGCAAUAUUUAUUGUUCGCUGCUGAGCCCUAUGAAACUAUAGCUUUCAAGGUACCUAGUAGAGAAGUUGAAAAGGCAGAAGGCAAGUUUUGGACACAUUGGAACAAAGAUACAAAACAGUUCUUUUUACAAUUUGCAUUUAAAAACGAAAAGCCUUCAGUUGGUAAAGUGCCACCACCUCCAGUUCCUUUAAUAAGACCUGGUUUAGGACCACCUAUGGUACCAGUACCACCACCACCAAGACCACCUAUAUUUAAUCCAGUACCACCACCACCAGCACUUUUAGCCACUGGCAUGCAAAUACCUCCACCACCACCUCAUUUAGCAUAAUUUUUUAUUCAGAUACAACAAUACGGAAAAAGGUUAUAAAUCAAUAUCGAAAUGUACAUUCUACAAAAAUAAAAAUGUUUUUUACAUACAUAAAA